AUGAAACAACUAAUUAUUGUGUCCUUGUUUUUGGUUGUCGGAUUGCUCCUUUAUCAAUCAUCAUCGGAAGCAAGAGUAGUUCCUGGUGGAAAAUCAUUGGAGAGAAACAAGCAAACCAUCAAAGCUUUGGGUGAAUUCUUGAAUUCAAAAUUGAGUACUACAAAUGAUUAUUCUUCAUACAGUGUUGAAAAAGUGAUCAAAGUGGAGAGACAGGUGGUAGCCGGAGUUAAUUAUUUUGUUCGUGCCAAGAUUCGUGCUUCCAGAUCAUCUCAACACUCAAAGAUAAUUGAAGCAAGGAUUUUCGAGCCAUUGCCAUACAUGAUCAAACAAGGAGAUGAGCCAUACAAGUUGGUUUCCGUUUCUGAAAGAAGACAAUAA